AUGAGUGGAAAUGAUGAUAAUCUUCAACCAGUUAAAUAUCUCGGGAAAGUACGUUCAUUAUAUGCACAUGGAAUAGGUGUAGCUAUUGAACCUGUACGUAUUGUAUGGACUCGUUCAAAAAAAGGUUCACGAUAUAAUCGUUGUGCUAUAUCAAUACAUCCAUUUGGUUUAUCUAUUUAUGAAGAAAUAGCUAAUGGAACAUAUAAAAAUGUUUGGUCAGAUGGUAUUGAAGAUAUAUCUUAUUGUGUUGCUGAACCAUUAUAUCGUCGUAUAUUUGCAUGGAUUGCUCGUUCACCACGUACAAAUGAACUUGAAUGUCAUGUUAUAUUAUGUAAAACAAGUAAACGUGCACGUAUCUUAGCUGAAUUAUUAGCAAAAUCAUUUCAUGAUUCUUAUCGUUAUCGACAACAACAACAACAACAGCAGCAGCAGCAACAACAACAACAACGAGCUAUUGAAACAACAUCAUUAUCUGCACGUUGUUCUGUAUGUGAUACUAUCGCUCGACAAGAACAAAAUACUCGUUUACGUCCAUCUCUAUUUCGAAGUCAUUCACAUGAUCAUAAUUAUCAUGAUGAUAUUGAACGAAAUCGACAAAAAAUACCGAAUGAUUAUGAACGUGUAUCAUCAUUUAAUACAUCAAAUGUUGCACGAGCUUUUGUACGAAGUUAUGAAGGAAAUUCAAGGAAUAGCAGUAGUCGUCGAAGUAUUGAUAAUGAUACAACAUUAGCUGAUGAAGAAUCAAUUAAACCAGUUGAAUAUUAUCGAGGAUAG